CUGGAGAGGGGCGGGUGCAGGGGGGAGGAAAUAGCUGAAGGAGCUGCAUCCUGGUGGUGGUAGCGGCGGUGGAGGCGGAGGCAGAGGAGUGGCGGGUGGAGGAGGCGGAGGAGGCUGCGGCAGAGAAGAAAGUGUCAGAGCCGGUUGGCUGUGGAGCGUGCCGAAGGGUGCUUUUCAUGGUGCAUGGAAGGAAAGCCAAUGCGCAGGUGUACCAACAUUCGACCAGGAGAGACUGGAAUGGAUGUAACAAGCCGCUGCACUCUUGGAGACCCCAACAAACUGCCAGAAGGGGUUCCCCAACCUGCCCGCAUGCCCUACAUCUCAGACAAGCACCCUCGACAGACCUUGGAAGUUAUUAACCUUCUGAGAAAGCACCGGGAGCUCUGCGAUGUGGUUCUAGUUGUGGGAGCUAAGAAAAUAUAUGCCCACCGAGUCAUCUUGUCAGCCUGCAGUCCCUACUUCCGAGCUAUGUUCACAGGAGAACUGGCAGAGAGCCGUCAGACCGAAGUCGUGAUCCGAGACAUCGAUGAGAGGGCCAUGGAACUCCUGAUUGACUUUGCGUAUACUUCCCAGAUCACUGUCGAAGAGGGCAAUGUGCAGACCCUUCUGCCAGCUGCCUGCCUCCUCCAGCUGGCAGAAAUACAGGAGGCCUGCUGCGAAUUCCUGAAGAGACAGUUAGAUCCUUCUAACUGCCUGGGCAUUCGGGCUUUUGCUGAUACACAUUCAUGUCGUGAGCUGCUAAGGAUAGCAGACAAGUUCACUCAACAUAACUUCCAAGAGGUGAUGGAAAGUGAAGAGUUCAUGUUGCUUCCAGCCAAUCAGCUUAUUGAUAUAAUAUCCAGUGAUGAGCUCAACGUUCGAAGUGAGGAACAAGUGUUCAAUGCAGUAAUGGCCUGGGUCAAAUACAGUAUUCAAGAAAGACGUCCUCAGUUACCCCAGGUGCUGCAGCAUGUUCGUUUGCCUUUGCUUAGUCCCAAGUUCCUGGUGGGCACAGUAGGUUCUGAUCCCCUCAUCAAAAGUGAUGAAGAGUGCAGAGACUUGGUAGAUGAGGCUAAAAACUACCUCCUCUUGCCUCAAGAACGACCUCUAAUGCAAGGACCACGGACAAGACCACGGAAACCCAUCCGAUGUGGAGAAGUACUCUUUGCAGUCGGUGGUUGGUGCAGUGGAGAUGCCAUUUCCAGUGUUGAAAGAUAUGAUCCACAGACAAAUGAAUGGCGCAUGGUAGCUUCAAUGAGCAAAAGGCGAUGUGGAGUUGGGGUCAGUGUCCUUGAUGACCUGUUAUAUGCAGUGGGAGGCCAUGAUGGAUCCUCUUAUCUCAAUAGUGUUGAAAGGUAUGACCCCAAAACAAACCAGUGGAGCAGUGAUGUGGCCCCUACAAGCACCUGCAGGACGAGUGUUGGUGUGGCAGUACUUGGAGGCUUUCUGUAUGCCGUGGGUGGCCAGGAUGGUGUGUCUUGCCUCAACAUUGUUGAGAGGUAUGAUCCAAAGGAGAACAAGUGGACUCGUGUGGCUUCCAUGAGCACCAGGAGACUAGGCGUGGCCGUGGCUGUGUUGGGAGGGUUCUUAUAUGCAGUAGGUGGCUCUGAUGGGACAUCUCCACUCAACACAGUGGAGCGCUACAGUCCUCAGGAGAACAGAUGGCACACCAUAGCCCCCACGGGGACCCGGAGGAAGCACCUCAGCUGUGCAGUGUACCAGGACAUGAUCUACGCUGUUGGUGGUAGAGAUGACACCACAGAGCUUAGCAGUGCUGAGAGAUACAACCCUAGAAUGAACCAGUGGUCUCCAGUGGUGGCCAUGACAUCCCGCCAGAGUGGAGUUGGCCUGGCAGUGGUCAAUGGACAGCUCAUGGCAGUAGGAUGUUUUGACGGCACAACAUACUUGAAGACCAUUGAAGUUUUCGAUCCUGAUGCAAACACAUGGAGGUUAUAUGGCGGGAUGAACUACCGUCGGCUAGGGGGCGGUGUAGGAGUGAUUAAAAUGACACAUUGUGAAUCCCAUAUAUGGUGACCAUGUAGAAGACAGCCUUGUAUACGCUCUGUAUUCUGGAGAGCUUUGACUUUGGAGCUUUGUACAGCUUGAGAAGACAUUAGAACAAAUUUUAUUCUUUGCUGGUGCCUCAACAUAUGGAAAUACAAAUCCAAUGAAAAUACUUCACCUGCAAGACGCCACCUUUGCACAAGAAUUUUCAGUUCUGUGCAGAAUAUUUAUUUGGGGUUUUAAUUUAUCUUUUUUUGUUGUUGUUUUUGAUCAGUUUGUAAGUUUGUAUUUUUUUUUACUAUGCUUCCUCCCACAAAAAAAAAAAAAAAAAAAGAAAGAAAGAAAAA